AUCAUCCAACCUAACAGGAACAUUAAUAAUGUAGAGAAGUACAAAGGAGCUGGUGGAGGGUUCCUCCAGUGGGUGAGAUCCUCCAGUGAGGAACCACUAGCAGAAAUUACACAAGUCUAUGAAAGCAGUCCCAGAUCCAUGCCCAGGUGUUCAGUGGACUCACCUUGAUGCAGGGCAACGUAGAGUAACGAAGGUCCCCACACAUGGGGAAGUAGUCCCCAUGAACACUGCGGUCUCGUCCCAAAUCUUCAAACACAAACAGUGGAUAGAAUUUUACUACAAAUGUGCCGCGUUCCGAAACUACAACCUGGUGAUACGGGUGAUUGAGACAGACGAUGGUUUCCAGCCGCUGAAGGACGGAUAUGAUUACCUGGUGGAAUUUCUGGAUCUUUCUUUCCCCUCAGCGAGUCCUGACAGAGCACACGCCUACAUAGAGGUUAAGAACAGAGUGAAUGUGAUGAGGUAUGUGGUGUUGAAUGGCCUGCUAUGGGACGAUCUGUACAUCGGCUUCAACAACCAAAUCAGCAGUUGCACAUCAGCUUCCUUCCUUAAUGUUGAACUCGAGGUGUUCAUCUUCGACACACCCCACCUCGCUCACACUCGUUCUCUCAUCAUCAUGGCUGCUGUACUUUAUCUCUCCCUCCAUUUCAUCCUCCUUCUGUCCUCUUUCACCCUCUCGAAGACAGGAAAUCCACUUCCUGACAUCACAGACCAAGAGUUCAUCGAUGUUUGUGUGAAAGAGCACAACCAAGCGCGCAGCAAUGUCAGUCCUUCUGCGAGCUACAUGCGCUACAUGACAUGGGACAAUGACCUGGCAGUCCUGGCAAGGAACUGGGCAGGAAAUUGUCUCUUUAAACACAAUCCUCAUCGAGCUCAUCCUGUCUUGUCCCCAGUCGGAGAGAACAUCUGGGCAGGAGCUCCGCCCAGUAGCUUUCAAUUAAAAUCAGCGAUUCAGAGCUGGGUUGACGAAGUUAAAGACUAUGACUACAACAAAAUCUACUGCAGCAAAGUCUGUGGCCAUUACACACAAGUGGUUUGGGCGACGACGUAUAAAGUGGGCUGUGCUGUGAUCGAAUGUCCUAGAGGGGUGCGUGAAACAACUUUCUCACACAGAGCAGGAGUCAUAUUCGUGUGUAACUACGCAACAUCAGGAAACUACGUUCACCAGAAGCCGUAUGAAAAAGGACAGUCCUGCAGCAAGUGUGGAGAAGAGAAGUGUGUGAACAAUCUCUGUUACGACUCCACCCGAGACGGCACCAUACGUAGUAACUGGACGCCGGACCGGGACCCUGCUCUGUAUGUGUGUGGUGUGUUCUGUAAAACCGUGUUGAUCAUCAGACCUGUGUCUUUGCUGUUGAUUUUUGGAAGUGUGUAUUUCAUUCAGCGCCGCUGUCCCAAUAUAUUUGCUUACAUAAACUAACACACACACAAUAUUUAUCCAUGUCACACUGCCUUUAAAGAUCAGCUCUUAUAUACAUGCUCUUUUAAUUCAUAGUUAACUUUUGCUGAAAUGAAAAACAAUAAUAAAUAAAAUUAUUAUUAUAAUU